AUGAAUCCUCAAUCGAAUGAUUCAAACGGGGGAUAUUCGAAUCAGCCAUUUUCUCCACCUCCACCGAUUCACCCAACACGGCGCUCGGUCACUGCGCAAAACGCUGAACAAGCGAUCUUUCGUGAUGGAAACGCGCAAAGCUGCACACCAAUUCCAAGUCAAGGAAACAUGCAAAAUGUGACAAUGGAGCAAAAUCCCGGAGAAAUGCGAAAUAUGAUGAUGAGGAAUUAUGUGAUGCCUUAUAGCUACGUGCAGAUGGUACCUUCUGCCUACAUCAUGCAAGCACCGGUAUCUCAACGCCAGGGACAAGUUCAAUACGUUCACAGUUCGAUCCCACAACAACAAUUUGCGCAACUGAGCCCAAUCUCGCAGCAAGGCACUCCUUACAUGUUGCAGGGUGUUCCAUUCAUACAAAUGUCUGUACCACAACAUCAAAUGCAGCAUUCAAGAUCGGUUCCGAGUAUGAUGUCUUCUUACGCUCAAUCCGGCCAACCGGUUCUUGCUUCAUAUCCGAUUUCGCGACCAAUGCCAAUCGGACAUCGACAAAUGGGACAACCGGCUGUCAUCGUUCCAUCGACUGCUCAACAAGUCCAAUAUGUGAAUACUGGAAUGUCGAUAAGUCCUCAAACUAGUUCUUUCAUCAUCAACCAGGAUCCACGAGCGACGAUGCGAGUUGAAACAUCUCGUGUGCAAUAUCCAGGAAUGCGCCAAUCUCCUGUGUUGCGGACAAAUUCCAAUCAGUCAACGCCAAGAUCUUCGCUUCCAAAGUCGACGUCGAUUGGGACACCGGCCCCCAAGCAGUAUGCCUUGCCACCUGGGAUUGAUGAUGGACGCGAGUAUGCUAUGUCACCUCAAAUUGCGACACGAGCUCGAAUGGGAAUGGGGAACGCUGUCGGGAAAACCCCACAGAGUCAGCCAUUCACCAGACGAGCAAAUGAUUUACCUAUGACCAUGGGUCGUCCUUGUCCACGACAACCUGCAAUUGGUGAAAAACGAUCCAUCCAGCCAGCUCAAAUUUCUCAUUCGGCAGUGAAAGUUGCUAGGCCUGAAACGGUCGACAAAUCGCCAUUAGUUGAGCCGACUCUCAAAGCUGUUCAGUCUGCACCUCAAAUGGAUUGGUUUCACGAUGCUCAACUUGCGACUCGUGACUCGGUGAUUUUCGAAGAAAAUGUGAAUGAGCAGCUACCAGAAGAACGCCCUAAGGAAAACGAGGUGUUGGGGAGAAAUCCGUUUCAUGCUGUAAAAAGCUUGAUCAACAAGGAUCUACAGGAUGAAUUGUUAGGUGCCAAAGAAUUGAUGGAAAAAGAAGGUGAGAGCGAGGAUGCUAAACAAAUUGAAGGCCAUUUCAAAAACAUGGAUAGUAUUUGCGAUUUGAUUGAGGCUAAUGCGAAAACCUACCUCGAAGCUGCUCGUCAGGCAACACUAUGCACGAGGUUUUCUGAUUGGGAAGCGGAUUCGAGUGAAACAAAUGAAUUGAUCACUGGCUAUAUUGAAUCAAGCUUGAAUUUGCAAAAAGUUUUGCACCGUACCAGGCGAAACGUUCUGGCAUUGACAUCGUCAUGGAGGGCUGCAAAACAAGCUGAAAUAACAAAGGAGAUGUCAAAAGAUCGAAAUAGCACAGAAAAAGAAAAUGACAAGACGGGCGUUCAAUUGACCUCAACUCCUGAUGAUUUACCUGCAAAGAAAGAGAUAAAAGAAGAGGUGACCAUGCAGGAUGUUGUCAAGCAAGAAGUUGACAACGAAGAGACAAAAUUAUCGAUAAGGAAAGAGACAAAGAAUGAUGAGAUCAUGAAGGAUAUCGUGAAACAAGAGGCUCCAAACAAAGAAUCCGAACCAAAAACACCAACAAGUGAGAAGAAAAUUAAAAAACGAGAUGUUAAUGAGAUUUCGGAGGAGAAAUCGAAAGAAAAAGCUGAAAUCGAGGAAGGAUCUCCGACCGCGACAGCAUCCCCGGCGCCAAGACGCAGCACUCGAACACGAAAAGUUACGAAA